AUGCAUGUUGCUGCUGUAGUUGCCACUUUUGAACACUGGGCCAUUUUGCCUGGAUUUAAAGAGUCAAUUGAUUCUCAAAAGCAAAAGUUCGCCGCCUUUGGUCUCAACACUCAAGACCUUGUUGCCCUCGUUGAGGACACACCCACCAUAAGGACUUCAGCUCGCCUCCUUUCUAACCACAGAUUAUACAACUUCACCAAAGGUGGUCCAGAUCCCAGAAUCAACCCAGCAUUUGUGCCUCAACUGCAAGCACUUUGCCCACAAAAACUGGAAAUACUCAAGUGCGAUAAAAAAUUAUGGACUGAUUCCUCCACCGGGACCUUUGUGCAGCGUUUCUUGGGUGAAAAAGCCUCACCGUCAUUGAAUUAUAACGUGGAAUUCGCAAGGUCUAUGGUUAAGAUGAGUAACAUUGGUGUGAAGACAGGCACAAAUGGUGAUAUUCGAAGAAUUUGCUCUGCCAUUAACUAA